CGCUUGAUACGCAACCAUCUGAUAGUGACAGUGCGCCAACCAAUCAAUCCCCGGAAGUCAGCCAUAAAUAAUCUUUUGUUUAUUAAUUCGCUGCGUCUUUGUGGUAUUUGAAACGAUAACCGUUACCGCCGAUGCGCCAUUAAGCCACGUUGCAGAAUGUCCGCCAGUUGGGCCCUGCUGCUGGCCUGCCUGCUCUUCGAAGGGCGGGCGCACACGUCGCCCCAAAGGUUCCCGUCCAGCCCCUACAGCGACUGGGACUAUCUGAUGUUCUCGCAGAGGUGGCCGCAGACCACGUGCAGCGAGUGGGAGGAGGCGAACAGUGCCAACUCCUGCAACCUGCCCAAGGACAGGAACCUGUGGACCAUCCACGGCGUGUGGCCCACGAAGACUGGGCACGAGGGGCCGGUCUUCUGCCCGUCGGCGAUUCACUUCAACCCCGAGGAGCUCACGCCGAUGCUCGCGGAUCUGAGCACCUACUGGAUCAACGUGGAGGCGAACACCAAGCCGAACUCCUUCUGGGCGCACGAGUGGAAGAAGCACGGCACUUGCGCCUCCUCGCUGCCGCUGCUGGACAGCGUGACCAACUACUUCCAGACGGGGCUGAAGCUGAACCGCCAGUACGAGCUGGCGGACAUUCUGGCAAAGGGCGGCGUGUCGCCCAGCAGCACGGGCUACGACGUCGCCCAGUUCUACAACGCCCUGAAGAGCGGCCUGGGCAAGGAGCCCAUCAUCCACUGCGUGCAGGACAAGAAGACCAACAGCAGCUACAUCAGCGAGAUCCGCAUCUGCUUCAACAAGACCUUAGAGAUGAUCGACUGCAACCCCACGAAUCCGGUGCACCGCGCGCGCUUCGGCCUGGAUACCAACUGCAACCAGAAGAAGCUGGUCUGGUACAUCCCGCAGGUGCCGCCCAGCUCGGGGCCCCCCAAAUUUUCCCUGCCGGGGUGGCGGCAAAACAGCGCCGACGAGCGCAGCCGCCUGCUCGGGGUCUACCGGCUGCUGAARCUGAUCCAGUGGAUCACCGUGUAGGCGCGUCCAGCCCCCAUUCAGGAACUUUACAGGGUUUCCCACCAGUCAACUGCCCAAUCAGGAAUAGUCGAAAAACUAGUCGGAGAUAGAGCAAGCAGCGCCCCCCCUAGUCAACUCCCGAGCGACUGUUCAUUGUCCCUACUGUAAAUAAACUGGAUGAAACUUUCCAAUUAGAGAUAA